UCAUCAUCAUCAUCAUCAUCAGCCAUGAAGAAGCUAUACAGGAAGAACACAGUUCAUCCAUCUCCACCAUUGGUUUCAGACAAGCUAGCUUUCUUGCCAGCAGCAAUCUUAGCCAUCACUGCUGCUCUAUCCCCAGAAGACCAGGAAGCCUUGGCUUAUCUUAUCUCUUGCCCUUCUGGGAACUUCUCUGCCACCAGGACAACCACCACCUCCUCCUUCUCCGGCCACCCACCUUCCUCCAACUGCUACUGCUUCAACUGCUACAUGAGUUUCUGGGUGAGGUGGGAUUCCUCCCCUAACCGCCAGCUCAUACACCAAGUCAUAGAUGCUUAUGAAGAUGGGCUGCAGAGCAAGAAAGAGAAGAGCAGGAGAGAAAGAAGGAAGGGUAAUAAAGAUUGUGGCAGUGGGUCUGGGAGUGAGUUGAAGAAGAAGCUUGAGGUGGGUCUAAAUGAGGAUGAAUCCGGUGAGUCAGUCCCGGCAGCGGAGGAGAGCCCUGUCAGCACCACCACCCAUGGCGGCGAAGAAGAAGAAGAUGGUUAUGGUGAGGAGAGAGGUGCUGUUAGGAGAUUUGUGAGCUUUCUUGGAGAAAGAAUCUGGGGUGUUUGGGCCUGAAGAUUUCUCCUUCUUCUUAUUCCCUUUUUUAGGGUGUCUGUAAAAUACCCUUUCACCCAGUGUAAAAUAUACCCUGUUUUUAAUCAUCACCAUUUUAGUCCUUUCAUGAUUUCAUCCAUCUCCUGUUACUGUGCUGUGCUUACAACUCUGAAGCAAAAAAAAAAAAAAGAAAUUUUCUUGAAUAAAUCUUUUGUUAGAGUUUUA